AUGGCCAACUCUGCUACCAAUCAAAUGCCUAUUAACAAUGAUGAUUUGGAGAAAUUGCUGAGGAUGAGAGCGGAAAGAAAUCAACGGACUCCCAAGUGUGCACGCUGCAGAAACCAUGGAGCUGUCUCUGCGUUGAAGGGUAAGAAUCUUGAAUUUUUUAUUGUCUGAAAAACGGCUUUAGAGGGAAUUCUGAUGAUAACAAAAAUAAUUUUGGAAGUCGAAAUUUUAAUGCUCUUUUACAUUAGUAAUUUUUCUAGGCCACAAGCGUUUUUGCCAAUGGAAAGAUUGCAUGUGCGUUAAAUGCACGCUGAUUGCCGAGCGUCAACGAGUCAUGGCUGCGCAAGUUGCAUUGAGAAGACAGCAGAGUCAAGAGGAAAAGGAAGUCAAGGAUCUGGAGAGACUUUUAGGCCCUCAGGCAUCUAAAUUACUCAAUGUUAUCCGUCAGCGGGAAAUUGAUCCAGAUGAGGAAAAGAAUAUCAACAACAAUGAGGUCAAAGGUAAAUUAAAAUUUAUGUUUAUUUCUCUUUAUUUGACGUAUUAGUAACUUAUCGUUAGUUUAAUAGUUAUUUUAUACACUACACUGACUAUAUCUUGAUUAUCUACUGAAAAGAAUAUCCAAAGCCAAGAGAAACUUUAUAUCGCGCCUGACCUCGAGUUUGCAAACUUUUUCCGAUGGAAUUUUCAACGGGUUAAACCUGCGUUUUCUCAAGAGUUUUCGCACUCUCGAAUGGCCAAUAUUGAAUUACUCGACUGUCCACAGUAAACCGUUAAUUUCGGUGCAGGUGGACAGGGAAAGUUAAUCUUCUUGACCUGUUGAGAAAAGAUUUGGGCAUUCGAAAAACGUGUCAUUAAGAGAUUACGCAAUACAGUCCGCGCAAAUUUGGAUCCAAAACAAUGUCUUAAUUACCGUACAAAGAGAAUUUAUAAAUCGCAAAAUGUAAAAUUUACAUGAGUUUUGUCGGAUUUGGAAAAUAAAAUUUUAGCAAAAUCAGAGCAGAGAUCGACCGAUGAAGAAGAUGAUCAAGGACCGAUUGAGCCACCAGCGAAGAAAAUGAAAUGCCCUGAGGAUUCGAAGCCAAUGAGUGUCCUAGACCUGACGACCACUCCAAUUCCAAUGCCUUUUCAGCCUUUUCCGACUACUCCGACCUUUUACAACCCAUUUCUUUACAAUUCUUUGGUCAGAAAUAAUCAAAAUGGCUUCAACUUCUUUCCUAUGUGA